AAAUCUCCUUCCUCUCCUCUCAUCCUACUACUCCUCAAUCUCAAAGAACUUCCCAAGGCUUUCUGACCACCCCCCCGGUUCUUGUUGGCUUGAUCAUCCUGCCCCUGGUUCUGCUCGUCUCGACCUGUCGCGUCAUCCUCCCUAUCAACUCUCCUGCCUAGUAGUACGCUGAGUUAGCGCGUCGCAUCGCAUCUACCCUGCAUACUACGCCUCAGCGUUGCGUCUGCACAGCUGUCCCGACUGUGAUCUACCUUUGGGAACAGUGCACUCAGAUUAGCCACCCUCAGGUCCCCCCAAAUAAAAGAGUAUCUAGAUCCUCUCGCUGGUCUCGAUCAUCACCAUGGCUUUCAUGAAUACCACCUCCAGCAUUGCUAUGGCCCUUGCUGGCAAGACGGCCUCUGUCGAUAUUCCCAAGCCGCGCUCCGGUUUCACCCCGGGCGGUCGUGACCCCGCUCGUCCGGGGCAUCCUGCCAUGUUGCCUACUCCGCCCAACUCCAUUUCCCCCACUUUGCCUCCGCAGGGCUUCAGACGCCAGGGCGCUAAUCACCCUGGAUACUCCCCGCUGAGCUCCUCGCAUGUGGAGUCCGAUGUUGACCUCGGAGAUGCCGCCGAUCAUACGAACAACUCGCAUGAAGCCCGUCCGUCGGCUCAUGACCUGGACAGCACUGGGGCUAUCACGCCGGGAAUGUUGGCCAAAUGCCAUCUCCCGGAGAUCAUGCUGCAGCAUGGCCCUUUGGCUAUUCGCCACCUGAUGGGUUAUUUGACUACUAGCGUCCCUGGAUUCUCAGGCAUCCCGCCUGCCAAAGCACGCAGGCUGGUGGUUGCUGCGCUGGAAGGCCGAGGGAGCGAAGACAAGAGUGGCGGCCGUGAUGGUGAUGUUAUCUUCGAGAAGGUUGGCUGGGGACGCUGGGAUGCUCGCCGUCGUGGUGAGCCUUUGCGGGAUGCACAACACCUCAACGUGUCGCCACCCUCCAGUAUCUCCAACUCUUUCCCGCAACGGGGCAUGCAGAUCCCUACAAAGCGGGGAAGCGUUCAGCCCUAUGGCAGUAGCGUUACUGGCGACUCCGCUGUCUUCUCCUACUCGGAGAUGGACUACGGUGGACAUGAUAUCAGCAUGCUGGAACAUGAGGCUGACAAGAUGUCACUCGACGGAAACGAGCGCGAGUACUGCUCGUCGUCUGAGGCCCCGGACGACGAGAUGCAGGACGAAGACUGGGGCGAAGAAGACAUCACAGACGAGGAAGACUGGGCACAGAUAGGUGCUGAUGCGCUUCGCGCACGAUCAUUGAACGCCUCGGGAGGCUUCGUGAAUGGAACACAUAAUUCGCCACAGCUGCGCGGCGGAGGACCUGCUGCGUCGUCGCUGGCGAAGUCUGCACCGCGCAGAUUACCGGUUCAACAACACGGCUUCACCCUCCCGGAGGGUGUCAUGGGUGACCGGGAAGAGCGUGCCGCAGUUGAAGCCCUUCUCCGACUCGGAUCAAUGUAAUCAUAUAAAUACUCUUGGCGGGUGUUUGUCAAGGACAGUCCAUGUUCUUGCAACCCUGCAACGUCUCUUCGGAGACUUUGAGGCUGGUCCCAUUUCUUGAUACAUACUUUACGUUCUACGAUUACUUUUCUU